AUGGCACACUCCAGCACCAGCAGUUCCAUGCCCUCACCGGCAGCCCAACAAGGAAUCGGCAGCGCCGAGGAUGACGGCGUGACACUCGCCGAUCUCCCCAAAUCCUGGCGUUUCACCUCGGCCCUCCCGGCUGACCCGGAAUACCCUACCCCAGCCGACUCGCACAAGACGCCGCGUGAGCAGAUCGGCCCACGCAUGGUCCGCGGAGCCCUCUUCUCCUGGGUGCGUCCAGAGCGGCAAAGGGAUCCAGAGCUGCUCGGCGUCUCUCCUGCAGCCCUGCGCACCCUAGGCAUCCGACCUUCGGAGGUUCAGACCGACGACUUCCUCCAGACGGCCGUCGGCAACAAACUCCACGGCUGGGACGAGGAGAAGCUCGAGGGCGAGGGCUACCCCUGGGCGCAGUGCUACGGUGGCUUCCAGUUCGGCCAGUGGGCGAACCAGCUGGGCGACGGCCGCGCCAUCAGCCUGUUCGAGGCCACCAACCCCAAGACCGGGGAGAGGUACGAGUUGCAGCUCAAGGGCGCCGGCCUGACGCCCUACUCGCGAUUCGCCGACGGCAAGGCGGUGCUGCGCAGCAGCAUACGCGAGUUUGUCGCCAGCGAGAGCCUGCACGCCCUGGGCAUCCCCACGACGCGCGCCUUGGCACUGAGCCUGUUGCCGCACCAAAAGGUGCGCCGCGAGACCGUCGAGCCGGGUGCUAUCGUCGUUCGCUUCGCACAGUCUUGGAUCAGGCUGGGAACGUUUGAUCUGCUCCGCGCCAGGGGCGACAGGGAACUGAUCCGCAAACUGGCUACCUAUGUGGCCGAGGAUGUUUUUGGUGGAUGGGAGAAGCUACCUGGUCGCCUUGUCGAUCCAGAGAAACCCAGCCUGGAAGAGUCUUCGCCAGCCCUAGCGUCUAUGGUCGAACCUUCUGCAGAAGAUUCAUCGAAAACCCCAAUACGCCGCGGAAUCCCUCAAGCCGAAGUAGAGGGCCCCUCUGAGACGGCUGAAAAUCGGUUCGUCCGUCUGUACCGAGAAAUAUGCCGUCGCAACGCCAUCACGGUCGCCCACUGGCAGGCCUAUGGGUUCAUGAACGGCGUAUUAAACACGGACAACACAUCAAUCAUGGGCCUGUCCAUGGACUACGGCCCUUUUGCGUUCGUCGACGUCUUCGAUCCUUCCUACACGCCUAACCACGACGACCACUCGCUGAGGUACAGCUAUCGAAACCAACCCACUAUUAUUUGGUGGAAUCUCGUCCGUCUGGGUGAGGCACUUGGCGAACUGCUCGGCGCGGGAGCAGAUGUUGACGACCCUAACUUUGUUGACAAGGGCGUCAAGGACGAAGCGGCCGCCGAUCCCAUCAUCAGCCGCGCCGAGGCCCUCAUCACGCAGGUCGGCACCGAGUACCGCGCCGUGUUCCUCGCCGAGUACAAGCGCCUCAUGUGCGCAAGGCUCGGGCUGCGGAUGUACAAGGACUCGGACUUUGACAAGCUCUUCAGCGAGCUCCUCGACACCAUGGAGGCGGCAGAGCUCGACUUCCACUUCUUCUUCCGCCGCCUGAGCUCCCUGCCCCUUUCCGACAUCAGCACCGAGGCCGACGCCGAGAAGAGCGCAUCGCUCUUCUUUUACGAAGAGGGUGUCACCGGCGUCCUGGGCGAGGAGAAGGCCAGGAAGCGCGUGGGUGCCUGGCUGUGCACCUGGCGGGACCGCGUCAGGGAGGACUGGGGCGAGCCUCGAGAUGCCGAGCGCAUGGAGGCCAUGAGGCGCGUCAACCCCAAAUUUGUGCCCAGGGGGUGGAUCUUCGACGAGGUGAUCCGGAGGGUGGAGAAGGAAGGCGAGCGUGACGUCCUGAGGCGUCUGAUGCAUUUGUCUCUCAACCCGUUCGAGGAGAGCUGGAACGGCAAGAAUUUCGAUGGUAAAAAGUACGAGGGUGACGAGGCAGAGGAGAAGCGGUGGACAGCCAAUGUUCCCAAGUAUAAGAGAGCAAUGCAAUGUAGCUGCAGCUCUUGA